UUGGAUUUCAUUAAAAUUAAAAAAAAAAAAAAAAAAGACCAUAGAGCAUUACUUGCUGCAGUUGGCACUGAAAACAGAAUUUCAUUUUUCAGAUAUCAGCAUGCUUUUUCAGAGGGCACACGAUGCCCCCCAGUUCUGACAGGCCAUCCCGCUGUUGCACUUGCCCCUGCAGUGGGGGGCACCUCGGCCCUGCCCCUCCCGUCUCCCUCUUCCCCAUCUGGGUCCCCAGUCUCCACCUCAGCCGCUGCCUCCCCCGCCCCCUACCGGCUCUCUCCCUGCACCUGCCUCUCUUGGUGUCUCCCGUCACUGCCCGUCUCUGAACUGGGGCCCAUGCAGGCCACCUCGGCGUCUCUUCCCCACAGUGGGUGGGGUGCACAGCUGUGCUCCUGGGUCCUGAGCUGCUGGGGCCAGUGAUGGGCGGGGAAGUUGGAGUAGGGCAGCCCUAGCUCUUAGCCUCAGCACCAUUCUUCCCUGGCUUAGAAGCACCACUGCUCCCUUCUUGGGCCUUGGUUUCCACUUCUGUGAAAUGGGACAUGAACCCCUCUAGUUCAGGCCUCUUGGAGCAGUUAUGAUGGUCCCGGGACUGAGAAGGGGCUUUGUAAUCUCUCAAGUGCUGCGUGUAGCGGGGAGGUGGUUGUGAUUCCUCUGGGGCUGCAGAUUAAAGAGCCUGACUGAGGGGCUCCCUUCCUCAUUCAUUUGCCACAGUGUAGGUGCUGCUCUAGGUGUUGUGGAAACCAGUGAUCCCUCCCUUGUGGAACUUACAUUCCAGAUAGUGCACAAGGCAAAUAGACAAAUUAGUAAGAAUGGUUGUAGAUUGCAUUGAUCUGUGAAGGAACCAGUGUGGGGCUGAGAUUGCAUUAGCUUGGGUGACCAAGGAAGGCUUCUGAGGAGGUGACAUGAAGCUGACAACUAAGACCUGCCAUGUGAUGGGACUUCCCUGGUGGUUCAGUGGUUAAGAAUCCGCCUUCCAGUGCAGGGGACACAGGUUCGGUCCCUGGUCGGGGAGCUAAGAUCCCACAUGACGUGGGGAAACUAAGUCCGCGUGCCGCAACUUGAGAGAAGACCGCGUGCCGCGACGAAAGAUCCUGCAUGCUGCAACUAAGACCUGAUGCAGCCAAAUAAAUCAAUUAAAAAAAAAAAAAAAAGACCUGCCAUGUGAAGAAAAGCAUUUCUGGCAGGGGAAAGAGCGAGUGUAAAGGCCCUGAGGCAGGAGAGAGGUUAGCAUAUUUGCAGAGCAGAAGGAGGCCAGUGCAGCUGGGGCACAGGAAGCGAGGGAGAGUGUGGCAUAAGGUGGGGUCAGGUCAGGCCCUGUUGGCCUGGGGAGGAUUUGGAUUGUGUGACAUGGAAGGGCAGCCACUGGGAGAUUUUCAGGAAGAGCUGUGGUAGCAUCUGAUUUGCGUGUUUAAAGACUCCCUCUGGCUUGGGUGGGCGUGGAAAAGAGAGAGUCUGGGGGCUGGGGUUGCUCAGGGAGACCUGACAUGGGCCAGGGAAGUGGAAGCGGGGAGAUGGGGACGACGCAUCUUGGCGGUGGAACCGACAGCAGCAGUAGGAUAUGGGGGGUGAAGGAAAGAGAGAGGUCAAGGAGGAUGGGUUGCUAGGUUUCUGGCUAAAACUGGAAUGUUCUAGGCCUGUGACUCAGCACCAGGGUCUCCAAAUCCUGUUCUUCUGCCUAAAGGGUAAGAUGUCUUAGGAGCCCAGGCCAGGGGACCCCGUGGGAACUUAAGCCUCAGUCUUGUUCAUUUUUGAAGCCCAAGAGUGCUCAAGGAAUGUUUGCUGAAUGAAUGAAUGGGAGUUCCCAAGCCCUGCCCGCUCUUUGCCUCAGUUAACCCAUCUGUAAAAGGGACUGCUAGUUUUGUAUACCCGCCUUCCAAUUCCUUCUCCGGGGCUCUGGUCACCCCAGAGGGCCUGUGACAAUCUGGGCCAGGAGUCAGGACCAUCCACGAGCAGGCCCCAGCUCCCCAGGCCCCCUCCCUAGCCUGAAACCUCAAAUUACCUGUGCUGCGGUGCUGCACCAGGGAGCAGUUUCCAUCUUGCCCAGAUGCGCAUGGCAGGCCCAACCCUCCCUUAAUGACACCUUGCCUGCCUGCCCUCCUGCUGGAGUAAGAGGGGAGGGGGCCCGGCCCAGCCUAAGCCGUGGUUUCUUUUUCCAUUGCGUCAGGCCUCAGGGUCUGGCCUGCCCACCCGCUGCCAGCUGGCACAGAGGGGCCCACUCUGACUCCCGCCUGCCCCAACUCCAGACAUCAUGUGCUCCCCCUUUCGGGGAUCCAGAAGGUUCCAAGCAGAGGGUGAGUUGGGGAUGGGGGACCUGCCCCUAGCUGGGGGAGGAGUGCCCCUUCCCUGCCUACUCAACACUCACUCUCUCUGGGGCCUGCAAGCUGAUCCAGGUGGGGCCACAGUGGGCUCUGAGGAGCCGCGCCCAGCCCGACCAUCCCCUGGCCCUGGCCCUCCUGGCCACACCCUCAGCCGGGCUGGAGCCAGUGAGGGGUAGGAGGACAGUGCAGUAACCUAGGCGAGGGAUGAUGGUAGCUCAGACCAGGGGGAAGGCGGGGGAGAAGUGGCCCCAGAGUGUCCAUACAGGCGCUUGCCUUUGCAUCUGUUAGCCUGCGGGCAUGUGUGUGCGUGUGUAUCCGUGUGACGUGCACAAGGAAAUGUGUGAACCUGGGUGUGUGUACCUGAUACCCCUCAGGUACGGGAUGAAAACAGAGGUCUCUGACUUGGCAGCAGGGGGGAUGGUGGCCCAAAUGGCAUCUAGCAUGUCAUGAAGGGGGCCUGUGAGGUGGAGAGGGGUGGGUGAGCUGGAAUCCACCCCAUUAGUGAUGAUGGGAGAGACAGGGGUGCAGGCAGGGUAACCUCAGGGGAACUGGUGACAUUGGGGGCACCGGGGUCUUCUUAGCCUCAGGCUCCCUUUGGCCUGGCUGACUCCCCAGAUGCCCCCAGCUGGUUCUAGGUCCGCACCAUGCCCAGCAGUCCCCUGGCCCUGGCCAGAAGGCCGUACGUUGGCCUGGGAGUCUGGAAAAUUGGUUCACAGCCUGCCUCUGUUUCCUGACUCUGUGACAUUGUACAGGUGAUGUCUGCUCUGAGCCUCAGUUUCCUUAUCUGCAAAAUGGGGGUGACUCUUGUGCCCCACCCCCACCCCAGGUAGUUGUAAGCAUAAACAGGUGUUCUCUCAGCCUCCGUGUGGAUGAGUCCAGCCCCCAAACACUUACCCACAAAGGCCAGGUUCCAACUCUUUGACUAGUAUCUUAUCCCCUGACUGUCGAGUAGGUAACUGGCCCUGCACUGCCCCAGAGGAGGGAGGUGAGAGGAGGCCAUUCCUUCUGAGAGCACGAACCCACCUGACCAUGCUGACCAGCACUGACUACAAGCUGAGCAUGUCACCCGCAUGAUGUCUCUGAUCCUUAUUCACUCUGGCGGGGCAGGUCCUAAAAUCGCCUCACCCUCCAGAGGGGGACACUGAGGCUCAUUCAUUCACUCUAGAGUGUUUACUGUGUACCAAGCCCCAAGAACUGUGCCAGAGCUGGGAUUCUGCAGUAAGAAGACUACCCAGCUCCAGCCCUCUAGGACCUCAUGUUCCAGUCUGGCUGAGAGCUGCGGAGGGCAGCCAGGUCCUGCGGGCUGCAGGCUCCCAGAGGGAGCUGGGGCUUUAUUCGGAGAGUGAUGGAAGUCUUGGAGGGUUUUAAGCAGAGAGGUGACAUGGUCCAAUUUGUGUUUUUAAAAGCUCACUCCAGCCCCUGUGGGGACAAGGGGUGGUUAGACUAAGGAGAGGCAGCAGGGAGGCUGGCGAGGAGGUGGCUAUCAUCCAAGCGGGAAGGACCGAGCCACAGUGGCAGUGCUGGGCCCGCUCCCUCCCCCUCUGACCCCAGCCUGCUUCCUGAGUGCCAGCCCCUCGCUGGGCACACAAAGCCCCGGUCUGCAGGAGGCAGAGUGUGGUCCCCUCUUCUGCUCCAGACACAGCGCCCUGGGCAUACCUGGCAGGGAGAGGAUCUGGACAGUGACAAAGCCAGUGCUCAGCCUCCUCCCUCCCACCGUCUGUCCCUAGAACAGAACCUCAUUAUAGUCACACGAGCCCAGAGCAUCAGCACAGCACUGCAGUUUGCCUGCAGUAUUUAUUCUUGUCGUGUAAAAACUAGUUUCCAUCGGAGGGGCUGGAGAGCUGCGUGUGGCCAUGCCAGGGUGGCCAUGCCAGGUCAAGGAUGGAUGAGCAAAUCCGUGACCCGGCGAGGGGAACGGGGAGUAGGGGUGUCCAAAACGGACAUCUUGCCGGGUGGCUGACACUGGAAGGCGGGCCUGGGUGAACUUCAGAUGUGCCAGUGGAAAUAAGAUCUGACCACACCUUGUAGGACUGUGUCAUGAUGUGUCGUUAGCCCGUGAGGAAACUGAGGCACAGAGAGCUGAGGAUAAGGACCAACUCAGGCAAGAUCUGAGCGAUAUGGAGCGUUUGUCCAUUCGUUGAUUUAUACACUUACCUUUUUUUUUUAUCCAACAAAUGUAAACUGAGUGCCUCCUAUGGACCAGUCACUGUGGUUAAGCUGGUGAUACAGGAUGAACAAGACAGAUAAUGAACAAAGUCAAGUUUUGAAUAAGUGACCAGAAGGUAGCUUCCUAGUGGCCAAAGCAGUGAGGGAAACCUGAGCAAUUACAAGCUCCAUUGUAGCCGCAAGAUGCCGAUAUGUCAGUUGCUCAGGAGAAGCCCAGGUUUUCCUGGCAAAAUGAAUGGGAUGCCUGUGUCCACUGUGAUUUGUUGCGGAUCUGGCGGGGGCAGCUUGGACCUGUGUGUAUCUCACAGGUAAAGACAGACCAAAGCAGAGAAUGACUUCAAAGACACACUAAACACACCUACUGCAGACUCCUUUGUCACGCAUUUCCUGCCUUCUUUCUCCAAGCUUUUGCCCAUGUCAUCCCUGCUGCCACCCCGCCGCACACACACUCCUUUUCUUCCAUCUUUACCCACCACAUCUUGAGGGUCAGGUGGUGACGCCUCCCCAGGGUGGAGUGGGGUAGCAGAUGUCUGUCCCCUCUCUGACCUCCAGUGCUGUCCCCUCAGACUGCGAGGAGCUGCUGCCGCCGUUGCCGACCCCCAUGGCCUACAUGCCGGGUGGAGGGGCCCCAGCGCCGGGGGUGGCCCCCGUGGGCUCCCAGUACUGCGUGUGCAAGGUGGAGCUGUCAGUGAGUGGCCAGAACCUGCUGGACCGGGACGUCACCUCUAAGUCCGACCCCUUCUGUGUCCUCUUCACAGAGAAUGAUGGCAGGUGGAGCGAGUAUGACAGGACAGAAACUGCAGUCAACAACCUCAACCCCGCUUUCUCCAAGAAGUUCGUCCUUGACUACCACUUUGAGGAGGUGCAGAAGCUCAAGUUUGCCCUGUUCGACCAGGACAAGUCCAGCAUACAGCUCGAGGAGCAUGAUUUCCUGGGCCAGUUCUCCUGCAGCCUGGGCACGAUCGUCUCCAGCAAGAAGAUCACUCAGCCUCUGCUGCUGAUGAAUGACAAGCCUGCGGGGAAGGGCUUGAUUACGAUUGCUGCCCAGGAGCUUUCAGACAACCGGGUCAUCACGCUGAGCCUGGUGGGCAGGAAGCUGGACAAGAAGGACCUCUUUGGGAAGUCAGACCCAUUUCUCGAGUUUUAUAAACCAGGAGGUGAUGGCAAGUGGAUGCUGGUCCACAGGACUGAGGUGAUCAAGUACACGCUGGACCCCGUGUGGAAGCCAUUCACUGUGCCAUUGGUGUCCCUGUGUGAUGGGGACAUGGAGAAGCCCAUUCAGGUUAUGUGCUAUGACUAUGACAACGACGGGGGCCAUGACUUCAUCGGUGAGUUCCAGACCUCGGUGUCACAGAUGUGUGAGGCUCGUGACGGCAUCCCGCGGGAAUUUGAGUGUAUCAACCCCAAGAAGCAGAAGAAGAAGAAGAACUAUAAAAACUCGGGCAUCAUUAUCUUGCGUUCCUGUAAGAUAAACCGGGACUACUCCUUCCUGGACUACAUCCUGGGAGGCUGCCAGCUCAUGUUCACUGUUGGGAUUGACUUCACAGCCUCCAAUGGAAAUCCCCUCGACCCUUCCUCUUUGCACUAUAUCAACCCCAUGGGCACCAAUGAAUAUUUGUCAGCCAUCUGGGCUGUUGGGCAGAUCAUUCAGGACUAUGACAGUGAUAAGAUGUUUCCAGCUCUGGGCUUUGGGGCGCAGUUACCCCCAGACUGGAAGGUCUCCCAUGAGUUUGCCAUCAACUUUAACCCCACCAACCCCUUCUGCUCAGGCGUGGACGGCAUCGCCCAGGCAUAUUCGGCUUGCCUGCCCCACAUCCGCUUCUACGGUCCCACCAAUUUCUCUCCUAUCGUCAACCAUGUGGCCCGGUUUGCGGCCCAAGCCACGCAGCAGCAGACAGCCACGCAAUACUUCAUCUUGCUUAUCAUCACGGACGGUGUCAUCAGCGACAUGGAGGAGACACGGCACGCCGUGGUGCAGGCCUCCAAGCUGCCCAUGUCCAUCAUCAUCGUGGGCGUGGGUAACGCCGACUUCGCUGCCAUGGAGUUCCUGGACGGGGACAGCCGCACGCUGCGCUCCCACACAGGGGAGGAGGCAGCCCGCGAUAUCGUGCAGUUCGUGCCCUUUCGAGAAUUCCGCAAUGCAGCAAAAGAGACCUUGGCGAAAGCUGUGCUGGCAGAGCUGCCCCAACAAGUUGUUCAGUAUUUCAAGCAUAAAAACCUGCCCCCCACCAACUCAGAGCCCGCCUGAGUGCCAGCCCUCACCCAGCAGCAGCAUGCCAGCUGGGCCUCCCGCCCUCCCCAGCAACAUGCACGCUCACCCUGCUUCCUUGUGGGUGGCCUUUUUUUUUUUUUUCCUUUUAAACUGAUCCACAUUUUUAUUUUCUACAACCAGACCUCCACCCCCAACUUCCUCCAGCCCAGCUGGGCUUCCUUUAUUGGAGUCGACUGAUGAUACUUCCAGGCCAAACUGGUUUCCUCUCCUCCUCUCCCCACCCUUGCCACUCUUAAGUAUUGAAUGUACUUUGUAUAAUUUUAGUGGAAUUGUUAUUAAAGAGAAUAAAAUUUUUACAAUCAUAACUGGCUUUUUCCAAGUAACUAGCUGCAGACUCAAAGGAAUGUGUUCCCAGUAUGUACUGUGUGGUAGCCUGCACCUAAUUCCUGCUCUGUUUUUAAUACUGUGACCGUGUUCUACUUGUUAUACUCAGGGUAAUAACGGAGUUACAGAUGUCCCUGUGUCAGCCGCUUCCUCAGCUGGGACCUGAUGGGCUCACUAAUCUGGGAAAGGAAACAUGAAAACCCCUUCCCCCCAGCAAGCCUGUGAAAUUGGUAUAAUCACUUCUACCUGGUGACAUGCAUUUCACACAAAUAGUAAUGCAGCUGUUAAACUGGCACAGAACUUGGCACAUCGUACAUGCUCAAUA